AUGGAUAAACUCAAAGUUUCUAGCCUAGAAGGGCUUUUGAAAUUCAAGGCAGGAUCAAGUCCGAAUGUUAUUGUUUCUGAUGCGUCUGUUCUCACUUGUGGAUGCUUAGUUUCUGAGUCAUACUUCUUAUCGUACACAAGUAAUUCCGAAACCAACGAAUCCAAUUGCCCCAAUUGUCAAGCAAAAAAUGUAUCUAUAUUAACAGAAAUUACUCCAUUAAGAGAUUUGUUUGGUAUUAUUCAAGAAAUCAAUAUUCAUCUUAACAAUAAGAACAGAAGAAGGUCAUCUUCAAAAAAGAGUAUACGGUCAAAUACAAUUGAUCAUAAUGAAUCAUCCAGCACAACAGAGUCUAUGGAUUUAAUUAGUUUAUUCUAUAAAUUCGCUAAGGAAGAAGCUUCUUAUUUGGGGGAAAACAACUCUGAAGUCAUAGAAGAUAUAAACCCUAAGGCAUUAACAACUACCGAUAUUUCGGAACAAGCUUCUUCAACUCAAAACUAUAUAUUUCCUGAAACUAAAUUGCAAACUUCGGAAAGUCUUCUUACGGCUCAACCUCUCAAUGAUCAAUUAAGCUUUGAACAAAAAUUGCUAACCAAUUUAAGUGAAGAAAAAGAAUACAAUUUCAGCAAAUGUUUUCCUUUCCAUAGAAAAUUAUCUACAUUCCAAACACAACAAUCAAAAUUCAACAUUUCUUCAAUAACGAAAGGAUCCAUAAUGAAAAAAACUGCAUCAUUUAUAUGUAGUGACAUACAUACUUAUUGUGAUUUUGGAGCUAAUUGUGAAGUUACUAGAUUUGUUCUUAUUUCUAAUAAGAAAUGGGAGUUGUACGAAUACAGGGCUUAUAUGAAUCAAGAGACAUACUCUGCCAAGCCUGUUCUAUUAUGUUGUGGAAAGCUGACUGGGGAAUAUGGUAGAGAUUUUAACAAUUUGCGAGCUGAUCCCAACUCGAAAGAAGUUGUCAUCAAAAACGAUUUUGCUAACGGGCAAAACUCAAAUACUAAUUCCGGUAGACAAAGUAAUGAUGAGGAAAAGAAGAAGAGGCUCGAUAACUGGGAUCAAAUAUUCUGUAAACUUUCCACUCAUUACUUGGUUAUAUCUGGUACUAAAGGUGUAAUGCGAGUCUUGAAUGUUUCAUCAUCCUCAUUACCAGAAGAAUUGGGCAGGCCCAUGUAUAUGUACAUUACAAAUUUCCCGAUAAGAUGCAUAUCUGUGUCACCAAAUGAAUCACUUGUUGCAUGUGGAAUCACUGCUAAAGAAAGGCUCUCAAGUAAAGAACAGCCAUUUAUAAUAUUGCAUAAACUAAACCCUUCCCUAAAUCGCGAACGGGCAUUCGAUUCUGUGGAGCCUAUAACUAUAACGAUUCCAUAUCGAGAUCCAAUUAAACUUAUCAACUUCAAUGCGACGUCUACCCAUCUUUUAUGUUGCACAGUAUGGGAAUCAAGGUACUUGAUAAUUAAAUUAAGAAAUAAGCGUUCAGAUAAUUAUAAAAGACCAAGAUUAGUCUGGACUGAGUUAGCUUACACAAGACAUCAUAGGGUAAGGAACACUGAUACUAAUGAUGUAGGCACAGAUGAUGAACAGUCUGAUGACUUCCAACUGAUGGAUGACGAAGGUAUUACUGAUUUGCAAUUCGGUGCCUUGUCUGCUAAUGUGAUUUUUUUGACAUCAUGCUCCUUAAAAGAUAAACCAUCAUACGUCCUUAAGUUAGAAGGAGAAAUAGGUUCUAGGAGUCAUGCCUCUCCCUUUGUGGGACACAAUAAUUCGAUCGAUAACCAAUCACAGGAUAUUAGUCUCCUGAGUAGCUUGCAUAGCAUAUUUGAUGAAGAAAAUCAUAAUUCACAAGCUUCCAACAUUAGUGGUUCAGAAACAAUUAUGAAAAUACCUGAGAUUGGUUCCUCGAUUCACAAACUCACUUUACUGCCACGCGGUGAUGCAAUGGUAUUCUUAGAUAAAGCAGGUCAUGUAUUUUUGGUUUCGACUCCUAAUUUCCAACAUUUGAAAUCAUCGAUAAAAAAAGUUGUUGUUCAGUUGGGAGAAGUUGCAAAUGCUGCAAGGUAUACUGAAGCUGCUUCAUUGAAAUUUUCUUCAGAUGGGGGCAAAGUCUAUGCUGUUGAUAGAAAGGGUGUAUUCCAGGUAUAUGACUUUACUAAGGGUAUUCCAGGUCAUGAUUCAGAUGUCAUUAAAUGCAAAAUCAUUAAUGUUUGA